AUGUCCCAGAUUGUCCCACGCAACGACGCCUGGCGCACGCACCCGCCUCCGGGAAGCAACCAAUACCUCAGCGACAAUGGCUCCAACUGGCUCUUUGCCGUCGCCGCCCUCUUCGGUGUCACCACAUUGGGCCUUUUCGCCCACAAGUUCAAGGCCCGCAACGGUGAACGCUUCUUCCACUACCUCUUCAUCAUCGCCGCCUUUGUCGGUCUCAUCACCUACUAUGCCCAGGCCUGCGAUCUCGGCUGGGAUGUGAUCGCGCAGGCGAACCAGAUCAACCGAAGCGGUCUCACCCGUCAAAUCUUCUGGCCCAAGUAUGUCUUCUGGGUUGUCGCCUUCCCCGCCGUCGUUAUCGCUCUUGGUGUCCUCUCCGGUGUCUCCUGGGCCACCAUCCUCUUUAACGUCUUCCUCACCUGGAUCUGGCAGCUCAGCUACCUCGCCGCCGCCUACACUCCAUCCAACUACAAGUGGGGCUUCUUCGCCUGGGGUCUUCUCGCUCAUCUCUUCCUCCUCUACUCUACUUUGAUCCACAGCCGCAGGAACGCCACCCAUGUUGGCAUCCGCAGCGACUACACCAAGCUUACCGGCUAUGCCAACUUCCUCUGGCUCAUCUAUCCCAUUGCCUGGGGUCUGUCUGAUGGCGGUAAUGUCAUUGGUGUUACUGCCAGCUUCAUCUGGUUCGGUAUCCUCGACUUGCUCCUCAUCAUCGGCUUCGCUGCUUUCACCAUUGUCCUCUCCAGACGGUGGGAUUAUGGCAGACUCAACAUUGCCUUCACCCAGUAUGGCCGUGUCCCUGUUCACGCUGGCAGCUUCCCCGAGAAGAACUCUCCCCAUGCCAACGCUGCCGUUGCCCCCAGCACCCGCGCUGCUGUUUAA